AGAAGAUAAACAGAAGAACGGGGUCGGUUUGAUUUCAGAUGAAACUUCACGAGAAAAAGGAAUCCGGAAUACACAGAGUGCAGGAGAUUCCUUUGGAGGAAUUGGAGCUCUCGAAAGAGUACGAGGUGGAGAAGAGCCUCGGGGAGGGGAGUUUCGCCAAGGUGUUGUUGGCCACCCAUCGAGCAACCCGGACGAGGGUGGUCUUGAAAGCCGUCCACCAAGAGCUGACCACGGAGAAGGACUUUUUCCGCGAGUUCCACUACUCGUAUCAUCUGAGCCCGCACCCCAACAUCCUGUGCUCGUACGCGGUCGCGUUCAAGGCGGACAAGUGUUUCGUCUUCGCCCAGGAAUACGCCCCUUACGGGGACCUGGCGGGGAACGUGAGAGCCGGGGGCUUGAGCGAGGAGGCGUGCAAGAGGAUCGCCAGCCAGCUUUGCUCCGCGCUCGACUUCAUCCACUCGAAGCAGCUCGCCCAUCGGGACAUCAAGUUGGAGAACGUGCUCGUGUUCGCCCUCGACAUGUCGAAAAUCAAGCUGUGCGAUUUCGGGUGCACGAGGCGCGAGGGCACCCUGGUGAACAAGAUCAGGUGCACCUGGCUACCCUUUCAACCGCCCGAGAUUUACGAGAUAGUGAAGAACGAGAGAUACGCGUGCAAGAGGAGCGCCGAUUGCUGGCAAUUCGGGAUCGUGCUGUUCGUCUGCCUGACGGGGAAUCCGCCGUGGCAAACCGCCGACCUGAUUCAAGAUCCCGAGUACUCGGCUUUCCAAAGAUGGUUGAAGAGAAGGACGACCAAAGUCCCCCCCUCGUUCAGACGGUUCACGCCCAGGCUGCUUCGAUACUUCAGGAGAACGUUCGAGCACAAGCCCGAGAAGAGGCCGCACGUAACCGAAAUCAACAAAUACUUGAAAGACUCGUGGUGCGUGAACAAGAUCAGCCACAGCGCCACCUCCACGCUGGUCGACGCGAGCGAGGGUGUAGCGAGGAGGGCCGACAGUUUGCUCUACCUAGACACGAUCCUUGAUGAUCAACGGAACGUGGACGAGAACAAGAACAAGUUGAGAAAGCUUCUCAACAGUUACGGGCUCGAGACGACGAUCGAUCAGAAGGUUGUCACGAAACGGAUCUGGGAGUGGGUGAUGCAGUGCGACUCGAACAUAGCCGAGCCGGCGUUCGUGGGUAGUUUCGGGACAGAGGGUAUGUGAGGGAUGGUCAAAGCUUCUAGCGAACCUUGCCUUAGAAGCGAUCGUCAGAAACGAAAGAACAGUUUCGGUGGGUUCGACGCGGACCGCGAGGGAAACGCGCCACAACCCUCUCUACUCUGUGCCAAAUCAACGUUCGAAAGAACGGCCACGAAUUCACCCUCGAUCUUUCAUUAG